AUGGUGGCCAGCUUGUCUGCACUGCUUCCACACCCGCACCAGCCUGUUCUUGGGGGGAUUGGCGCAGACCAAGAUUGGCUGGAUAGUGAUCUGCGCCAACUUUUGCAGGAUCCCAAGCUCCCACCUAAAUGGCGGGCGCAAUUUGUGCAGAUUCCAGUCUGGGGCAAAGCGAUUGACGCUGGACCCAUUCAAGCGAUCGAUAUCUACACUGAUGGAUCUGCUGACGGAGAAGUUGCCUCCACACUGACUGCGCCCUGUGCUUGGGCAUUUUCCGUAUGGGCUGUCACUGCCAAAGGCAGAUUCCUCAUUGGAUGGGCCGCGCAUUCGGCCGUCCCGCCUGACACUCCUUACUGGGUUGGCGAGACACAUGAGGAUGCUGUCGAAGGCGAAACCUUGGCCCUAGUUUGGGCCCUGACCUGGAUUCUGGAAUGGGGUCGCCGUUUCAAAGUGCCCAUGACACUACGCUAUGAUGCCAUCGCCGUCGGGGCAGGAGUCUUCGGUGCACAGCGGCCUCCUCAGCGCAGCGGCGCUACUGCGCCAAGCCCGCUCGUUGAGCUUGCGGUUGCGCUCCGGCAGCGGGCCACUGUCUGGUGCCAUCUACAGCAUGCGCAUGUAGCAGGACACUCGGGGGCCAUCGGCAAUGAGCUUUGCGAUCAGUUGGCCAAAUGGGCUAGGCGACAACAUGAAAGCCCUUACGACCGAUUGCUGCCCGCGUGGCCCGCCCGUCUGUUAACACACCCACUCCACGGCUGGUCUUGGUUGGCCCAUGUUUCUAGCUCGCAGUUGCCGGCUCUUUCUGCUCUGGAGGCGGAGGCACACCGGCUACAGGCCCAGCCACAGCACACUACUGUGGCUCCGUCCAUGGGCACCAAACAGGUCAGUCUUCCGGAAGCUGAGCUUGCCUUCGAUUUCACUGUGGUCUCCUAUAAUGUGCUUACUUUGUUUGACCCUGGUGUUGCCCAUGGGCGCAAGGUUCGCGCUGGGUCCUUCGGGAUGCAGAUCGCUGGUAAACGGGCCCUCCUAAAGACCCAGAUGAUGAAGUGCAAGGUAUGGGCUUUGGGCCUCCAAGAAACCCGACUCCCCACCAAUGCUCUGCUUCCGGAUUCUGAUCUACUCAUGCUCAAUGCGGCGGCUGAUGAUUCUGGCAGCUACGGUUGUUCACUGUGGCUCAACCUCAGCAUUCCCAUCGCUAGCAUUCGAGGCAAGCCCAAAUGUGUGCAUAGAGAUGACAUUGUCGUCACAGGAUACUCGCCGAGGCACCUUCAGGUUCAGGUUUGCACGGCCUGGUGUCGCAUAACCAUCCUGGUUGCCCAUGGGCCCCGGCUGGUCGGCGAUGAUGCACAGCAGGCCCGUGAUUUCUGGGCGCAUAGGCAGGCAGAGCUUCAGAAAAGGCCGGAAGGCUCGUCCAUCAUCGUGCUAGCAGAUGCUAACGGCAGACUCGGCGAGGUUGAGACAGAUGCGGUUGGCAAUCAUGCCUUGGAGCCCGAAGGAGCGGCAGGUGCGGUUUUUCACGACUUUCUCCUUCAGAUUGGGUGUUGCGUCCCUUCCACCUUCAAGGCCUUUCAUGAAGGGUCCUCCUGGACUUGGAUGGGCCCUGCCGCUUUUGGAGACGGGUCUCAAAGGAGGAUUGACUAUAUCGCAGUGCCACAGGAUUGGAAGCGCUUCGAUCUCCGCUCCUGGGUGUGGGAACAGCUCGAAUCCAUGCAGUCUGGUCACUUCCUGCAAUGGUUACGGGGAACCACCAGCAUCCCCUGGGAGUGUGAUCCGGAUUCACACUUCGCUUCCCUCGUGCCGGGCCUCACUCAGGCCUGCGCAGAGCUUGUUCCAGAGACCGCCCUUCCUACCACCCAGGCCCAUCUCAGUCCCGACACAUUGGCCUUGGUACGGGAACGUGCGCAGUUAAGGGGGUACCUGCGGUGUGAAAACCGUGAGUUGCGCCGCCGGCGUUUGCUCAUUGGGUUUGCAGCCUUCAUUGCUGGCACCCGCCAGCAGCCUGUUACUGCCCAUGCCGCGCGCACUGCACAAGCCUGGAUCCGUCAAAUUGACCACAGCAUUGCAGCCGCGGUUGCACGGUUGAAUGCUCUCACCAUCGACCUUCGCCGGGCCCUCAAGCUUGAUCGCGCAGUCUACCUGCACUCCUUGGUGCAGGAGGUUCAGCUUCAGGAGGAUGGUACCUUUGCCCAGACACCAGAGGACAGGCAGGAGCGCUGGCGGUUACACUUCGCCCAACAGGAAGCCGGACGCGCUGUCACGGCUGAGGAGUAUAUUGAUGCUUUCAGUCGGCCUGACAUUCCUGUUCUGCCCAAUGGUCCCGUCUUUGACCCGGCUUGCCUGCCCACCCUGGGGGACAUUGAACGCCAGAUCACAGCCCCCAGCUUUGACAAAGCUGCGGGUGCAGAUGGUCUGACAGCUGAAAUUUACCGUGUCUCUCCACCAGGAACCGCCGUGUGCAUGAUGCCUCUUUUCUUGAAGACGGCUUUGCAGGUGCGUGAGCCGGUCGAAUGGCGCGGCGGCUGCUUAGUUGCCUUGGCUAAGAAGGCAGCGGCAGCACUGCUGUGCGACAACUUCCGCUCCAUCUUGAUGGCAAGCAGGACGGGGAAACUGUACCACCGCGUCGUUCGGACCAAACUCGCCCCGCACCUCGAGGCCUUCAAGGGGCCUUUGCAGGCGGGUACCUCCCGUGGUGUCGGAGUGGACACCGUUGCACUGAUGGUCCGGUCCUUUAUGGGGCUUUUUGUGCGCAGGUCCUGUACUGCGGCUGUCACUUUCUACGACAUCCGCGCGGCCUACUACCGGAUGGUGCGACACACGCUUGUCCCCACGUUGCGGGAUGACCGGCCUUUGCUGGCACUCAUUCACCAGUUGGGUUUGCCUCCGGCUGCAGUCAAUGAGUUGCAUCAACACCUCACUAACCUUGCCCUGCUGCCAGCUGCUGGUGUUGGCGAGCAUGCCACGGCCCUUGUGGCUGACCUCUUUAGAGGCACGUGGUUUAGGUUAGACAAAUCGGUUGUGCUGACGGCCACCUCGCGGGGCAGCCGCCUCGGUGACCCAUUAGCCGAUUUGCUAUUUGGUUUCAGCUUGGCCGGAUAUCUGGCAGCCGUUGACGAAGCGCUUGAGAGACGACAUCUGACCACACACCUCCCGGCGUGUGCCAGUCCGAUGGAUUGGUAUGACAUUCCUGCGGAUGACAGUGCCAAUCACGUCUCCUGGGCCGAUGACUUUGCACACCUGCAGUCUGCGGUAUCGGAGGUAGCCUUGCAUCAAGCCGUUCGGACUGCUGCUACUAUUCACUUGGAGUUGGCCACUGCAGUUGGAGUUGAACUCACCUUUGCCGUUGACAAGUCAGCUGUCCUCCUGCCUAGCAUGUGUGUGCCUGUUGUCGACCAACAUGCUAGCCUCAACCCCAAAGGCUUGCCGGGAUAUGUCCUCUCCGACGCUGUGUCGGGACGGGAACAUUUCCUUCCGGUUGUUGAUGUCUACCGGCAUUUGGGAGGCAUCGUGACUGCGAACUGCGCCUCCACUACGGAGAUUGCCUUUCGAUACUCGCAGGCCCGAUCCGUCAUGAAGCCUCUCCGCAAACAGCUGUUUGCCAAUGCCAGUGUCCCCUUGACGAUCCGUAUUCAUCUCCUUCGCUCUCUCGUGCUCUCCCGCUUUGUUUUCUCAUGUGCUAUCACCGACAUGACAUGUGCCGUGCAUCGGCGUACCUGGUGCAAGCACUACGUUGGCCUGUGGCGUGCCCUCAUCCGUCGCAAAACUAAAGAGGAGCACCUACAUAGUUAUCGGGUCCUGCUCACAGCCGGAGCUACCUCCCCGCUCCUUGCUCUAGCGCUUGCCCGAGCCGUCUUCUUGCGCAGGCUUUUUUCUACUGGACCAGCCCUCCUGUUGCACAUGCUCUGUGUACAUUGGCAACUCAAGCCUGCACAGUCUUGGAUUGCUAUGCUGGAACUGGACCUGCGCGCAGUUGCGGUGUACAAUGGAGCUGCCAGGACAUUGUUGGCGGCGCCUUGCCCGGUCUCGAGCCUGCUCGAGGCAGUCCGUGAAGAUGGAGCAUGGUGGCCAGCACAGGUCCGCUCGGCCGUCAAAGGGUUUGGACUUGACCUUAAGGAGUGGGACCGUCAGACACCGGACACUUGUGCACAAGCAGAGCCACCUGUGGCUGACUUGCCCUUUCGUUGCCGCUGGUGCACUGCUGCUUUUCGACUUCACAAGCAUGUCGCUGUACAUGAAGCCCGUGCGCAUGGCUCGCUCUCGCCUUCUCGGCACUUUGCGCCGGUUCCCUACUGCCUUGCUUGCCACAAGUGGUUGCAUUCGGUAGUGCGCGUGCAGUACCACCUUCGACAGCACCAUGUCUGCCUCUUACGCUGUGCCCAGGUGUUGCCGCCCCUCACACUGGGCGAGGUGCACGAGGCUGAGGCGGAGGACAAAGCACAGGAGAAGGCGCGCCGUAGAGGCGCGUGGCAGGCGCAUGUUGCUGCGCGUCCACCGCUGACCUUCUUCGGGCCCCGGGCACCCACUGCAGCGGAGGCGCUAGAUGGGCUUGAUGAAGAUGAACUCACCAUGCAUCGCCUACAGACCGUUUUUCGGCCCUCGCCGGCAGUCCUCUCUUGGAUCCAAGGUACCUGCGAGAGAAAGUCCACCGAAGGCCCGCGUUCUGGCACGCAGGAGUUCUGGCUGCGGCGGCCAGCCCACCCGUUUCACAACUCGAAUUCAUUUGCGUAG